AAAAUACUCCAAAAACUAGCAGUUGGACCUGGACCGUAGGUUCUGCAGUUUCCUUUCAUCCGCCUUAGGGUUUAAUGGUACAACAGAUUUUGAAGAAAAAUGUCUUCCAAAACCUUAGCUCGGACUGGCGCUUCUCUGUUCACUCGCUUCCUCAAUCCAUUGCUUCACCAGAAACCAAGUUCAACUCACAGCCUCGUCGUCCAGAGCUCUGAAAUAUGCCCACAACUGUGUCCAUCUUUUUCCAAGUUCCAGGCCUCUCUCCAUUUGCGGGAAAGCAGCGAUGCAACCCCACAAAAGGUAGCUUCUGAAAGUUUUUUGUAUCCAUGCGGCCUUCCUUCACUACGAUUUUUCUUACCGGACGGGGAUGUUCCUUCAAGGGAACCGAUGCUCUUACUUCCCAAGCGAACGUAUCAACCCAGCCACAUCAAGCGUAAGAGAACCCAUGGAUUCUUUGCUCGCAAGGAGACUAAGGGUGGACGGAAAGUGAUUGCUAGGAGGAUUGCAAAAGGUCGAGCAAGAAUCACGCCAUGAGAACAAGCCAACUUUCUUGACAACACAUUCACAUUCUCUAUUCAUAAGGCCAGAAGAAGCCUGUUUCUUUUUGUAGUGUCUCAGCUUAUACUUCAAUGCUUCCAAGGAAUGUGCUUAAUUAGAUAAGAUAACCUUGCUUUUUUUGUUUUUUUUUUUCCUGGGUGUUUGAUUAGACAUUGCAAGAAUUCCUUUACCCUUUAUCCUUGGAAUUUGUCCAAAUAACUAGGGCAUCAUGUUUAAUCGUUUAUGAUUCUGGUGGAAGUUUUUCCCUACCCGGGAUCAUCAAAAUCUUGAUAUAGUGAGCCUAGUCUGUUACUUGGAUAUCAA